GAUACCUUAUAUACAUACACACACAUAUAUAUGAGUUCUGAUGUAAAUAUGUGAUGUUUAUGAGUGGACCAAAGAUGAUUAUUUCAAAGUCAAACUAACAAACGCAAACAUUUUUAUUUUCAGUGACGAUUCGACAUUAAUUUUACUUUUUAUUUCUUGCCUCUUAAUGUCUCUCACGUUCUUACAUGAUCUCCUCUGAUCAUCAACUAAUUUUCGUUUCUAAACAUUUUCCCUCUGCAUUCUGGCAAUCUGCAUGGACUGAACAAACAUCACGGCCAAAGCUCGGUCCCCAUGAAACCCAGUGGUAGAAUCACUCUCAGCCGUGCAGUCUCCAUCGACGGCCGCCAUGGCACAACCUUCAUUCUGCUUCUCUUCCUCGGCAUCGGUAUACCGGUCAGUACGGCGCAAACCACGUCCGGUACGACUAAUCCCGGCGAUUCAGAAGGUUCCCCAAACGACAGCGGUUUUGACCCGACCAUGGCCAUUCUCAUGAUCGUUCUCGUCAGCUUUUUCUUCUUCCUUGGGUUCUUCUCGGUCUACAUACGGCGUUGCCUCGAGCGAGCCAUCGAUGGUCACUCCGUCGACCCGGGAAACUGGCUCUCGAUGAGGCAGGCGGCGGCGCGUGGGCUCGACACGUCGGUCAUCGAGACGUUCCCGACGUUUCGCUACUCGACCGUCAAAACUCUUAGGGUCGGCAAAGAAGUGCUCGAGUGCCCGGUUUGUCUCAACGAGUUCCAAGACGACGAAACGCUGCGUUUGCUACCAAAAUGCUGCCACGUGUUUCAUCCUGAUUGCAUCGAUGCCUGGCUCCGAUCUCGUGCCACGUGUCCACUAUGUCGGGCCAAUCUCAUCCCCGUACCGGGGGAGUCUUCCUCUCUCCAGUUACCCGUCCUGGUCGGAGAAUCCGAUCACGGUUCUCGUGACCGGAGUCGGGUUUUGGGUUCUCCAGAUGCGCGGUUGAUCGACUCAGUGACGUGGACCAAUCAUAGCAUGCCGCGUAGGUCGAUGUCUACUGGGUGGAGACUAGCCGGGUUGUUCGGCCGGUCUGAUUCCACCAGUCCACCGGUUGAUCUGGAGCGGUUUACGCUGAGAUUACCGCAAGAGGUACAUGACCAGUUGGUAAACUCGAGCAUCGAAAGCAAGAUGACAAAAAGCCCCGUGGCGUUACCUCAAGCCAGGAGCUCGAUGAUUGGGUACAGAACCGGAAGCCUAGGGAGCGAGAAAAAUUACUUCUACUACCAAAGGUUCGGUGAAGACGGCCGGUUGGACCGGAAGCCGUUUUCAAUUACUCCCCCAUAUCGGACCGGUUCACUUCGGUCCCCAGGAACCGAUGAACAGGUGCGGCCAGGAACUCCCAAAGGUUUUCUUCACGGGAUAAUACGUUCACCAUUGGAUCGUUUGAUUCUUCGAAAGGACGAUGAAUACGAACGUUCGCCGGACCACCUUCGAUCAGGGGAUAAGAGUCCUGUCUAGACCACGUUUUCUACAUUGAUUCUCUAUAUUGAAAUGUCGUGUACAUAAUAAUAUUUCUAAAACGUUAUUGCAGUUU